CUUUUUUUUUUCUUUUUUUCUUUUUUUUUUUCCGAAACGUUUAAUGUUUGUUCAGCUCACUGUAUACACUGUUUCAGAAAAGCUCACUAUGCAUCUCUGUCUAUAUAUAUUUUUUCCUACAUGAUAUCUUAAAUUGUUAUCCUCUCCAAACGUUAAUAUUUCUGGUUCCUGGUUGAAUUUGGCAGUCAGUGACUCGGUUCAAGAGCGUUGAAGGUUCGUUGGCAAAAUCUGUUUCUUCAUAUCUCUCUCACAGUUGAGUUUCUGCAGGCUACAGGAUCCUAGUCUUGAAAUAACUCAGGCUUUUUUUGUCUGCAUACAGAGCGUCUAACCAAGAAGUCAGCCAGUUAUCUCUCUCUCUCUCUCUCUCAAAAACACAAACACAAAUACACAUAUAAGCGCUAGAAAGAUUGCAGCGACUCAAAGCUGUGCUCUUAUCGAUAACCUCUCCCCUCCAAACCAUCUCUUUUCUUUUCCAGCUUCUCCAUUUUUAUUAACCCAUUGAGUCUCUUGCCCAAGCCUUAUCUGACAUCCCAUCUCUACCCAAUUUAUCUCUCAAGGUUGUUGGGAAUUGGGAGGAUUUGACUUAUAGGUGAAAAUAUGAAGGGAGCUGUACUGGUAGCUAUUGCUGCUUCAAUUGGCAACUUUCUGCAAGGCUGGGAUAAUGCAACAAUUGCUGGGGCUAUUGUUUACAUAAAGGAGGAUCUUGCAUUGGAAACCACAAUGGAAGGCCUUGUUGUGGCAAUGUCACUGAUUGGAGCGACGCUUAUUACAACAUGCUCAGGACCCAUAUCAGAUUGGCUAGGUCGGCGGCCAAUGUUAGUAGCCUCAUCUGUACUUUAUUUUGUAAGUGGGCUGGUAAUGUUGUGGUCACCAAAUGUGUAUGUCCUAUGCUUGGCAAGGCUUUUAGAUGGGUUUGGAAUUGGUCUGGCAGUAACUCUUGUGCCAAUCUACAUAUCUGAGACAGCCCCAUCGGAUAUAAGGGGUUCAUUAAAUACUCUUCCACAGUUCACGGGUUCAGGUGGCAUGUUUUUGUCAUACUGUAUGAUUUUUGGGAUGUCAUUCACGACGUCACCAAGCUGGAAGUUGAUGCUUGGGGUUCUUUCCAUUCCCUCUCUUCUCUAUUUUGCAUUUACUGUGUUCUACUUGCCUGAAUCUCCAAGAUGGCUUGUGAGUAAAGGCAAGAUGGUUGAGGCCAAAAAGGUUCUUCAGAAGCUACGCGGGGUGGAAGAUGUUUCAGGGGAAAUGGCAUUGCUGGUAGAAGGCCUUGGAGUUGGAGGUGAAACAUCAAUAGAAGAGUACAUAAUAGGUCCGGCUGAUGAAGUUGCUGAUGGUGAGGAACCUAGUGAUAAGGACAAAAUCAGGUUGUAUGGACCAGAACAAGGCCUUUCCUGGGUUGCAAAACCUGUUACAGGGCAGAGCUCUCUUGCCCUUCUCUCUCGCCAAGGAAGCCUGGCUAACCAAAGUGUGCCUCUUAUGGACCCUCUUGUGACCUUAUUUGGUAGUGUCCACGAAAAGCUUCCGGAGACAGCAAGUGCGCGAAGCAUGUUUUUUCCAAACUUUGGCAGCAUGUUUAGCACAGCGGAUGCUCCUCGAUCCAAAAAUGAACAAUGGGAUGAAGAAAGCUUGCACAGAGACGGUGAGGGUUACACAUCCGAGGCUGCUGGGGGAGACUCUGAUGACAAUGUGCAUAGCCCGUUGAUCUCGCGCCAAACCACAAGCUUGGAAAAGGAUAUGCUCCCUCAUGCUUCCCGCGGCAGCAGUCUGAGCAUGAGGCGUCAUAGCACACUCUUCCAGGGAACAGGGGAGACAGUUGGUGCUACCGGUAUCGGCGGUGGCUGGCAGUUGGCGUGGAAAUGGUCUGAGAAAGAAGGCGAGGAUGGAAAGAAGGAAGGAGGGUUCAAGAGGAUUUAUUUGCGACAGGAGGAUGUCCCAGCUGGGUCCCAACGUGGGUCCAUCGUUUCACUUCCUGCUGCAGAAGGUGAGUUCAUCCAGGCUGCUGCUCUUGUCAGCCAGCCCGCUCUGUAUUCCAAGGAACUUCUGGAUGCACAUCCACUUGGACCUGCUAUGCUUCACCCUUCCGAAACUGCCUCCAAAUCUCCAAUCUGGGCUGCUCUUCUUGAACCCGGGGUUAAGCAUGCGUUAUUUGUUGGAGUUGGAAUUCAGAUUCUUCAGCAGUUUUCUGGGAUAAAUGGGGUGCUCUACUACACCCCUCAAAUUCUGGAAGAGGCAGGAGUAGAAGUUCUUCUUGCAGACCUUGGCAUCGGUACGGAGUCCGCAUCAUUCCUUAUAAGUGCAUUAACCACCUUACUGAUGCUUCCUUCCAUAGGCAUAGGCAUGAGGCUCAUGGAUGACACCGGCCGAAGGCGGCUUCUGUUGACAACAAUUCCGGUGCUGGUAGGGACGCUGGUAAUCCUAGUGAUAGGGAAUGUGGUGGACAUGGGGUCGGUCGUCCACGCAGUGAUCUCAACCGUAUGUGUGAUUGGGUAUUUCUGCUGCUUCGUGAUGGCUUAUGGGCCAAUUCCAAAUAUCCUGUGCUCUGAGAUAUUUCCUACAAGGGUUCGUGGCCUGUGCAUUGCCAUAUGUGCGCUGGCGUAUUGGAUUGGAGAUAUUAUUGUCACUUACACAGUCCCUGUAAUGCUAACUUCAAUUGGAUUAGCAGGCAUCUUUGGCAUUUAUGCAGCUGUUUGUGUCAUCUCUUGGGUAUUUAUCUUCUUGGAGGUUCCAGAAACCAAAGGCAUGCCCCUCGAAGUCAUCACUGAGUUCUUUGCUAUUGGAGCAAGAAAAGCUCAUGCUGCCAAGAACGAAUGAAGGAUUUGUCUUUCUUUUCUAUUCGUGGUUCAAUUUUGACAUUGUAUAGUUUAAAAUUUAAAUUGUUUGGAGAUCACCUCACUAAGGAGGUUAUAACGAGUCGAGUGGUUUUGAUUAUGCCGUGUUUCUUAACAAUGGGGAGUACUUAAUACGAAAUCUUUUUAAAUAAAAGCAUUCAACAAUCUCAGUA